GUGGGAUCAAGAAUGCCGCAGUGAAAUGGGAGACGAUGGAGGUGGCGAAGUUCGAUGAGGAGCUGCAUAAGAUACAACAGAACAUCCAUAAGAGACUUUUCAAGAAGAUAGACUACAAUGGAGCCACGGAAGAGCUCUUGGAGCUUGCCGGGGCGCUGCGGAGGGAAGGAAACGCUCCCCAUGCAGCAAUAUGCUGCAUGUCAGCGGCCCAUUGCCAACGAGCGCUGGAGAGUCCGUUGAAGGCUGCGAACUUGGAGGUGCAAGCAGGGGAGCUGCUGUGGAGAGAGGAGGCAAAGAAAAUCAACUCGGAGGACGAUAAGACUUUCCGAGAGCUGCUGCCCGAAGCCAUCAACUGCUACCUGUGCGCUAUCAGCGUCUACAUGCAGCAUGAGAAGUUCGGACUUGCGAGCUCGCUGUAUGCUGAGAUGGGCCAGCACCUGUACGAUAUCGGAGAGACUUGCGAUGCUGCUAUCUACCUGGAGAAAGCUGCUCAGCUCGUCGAAACUCAGUCGCCCUUCCUGUCUGAGAGUUUGAUCCGAAAAUCAAUCCAGAGUCGGAUUGAAGCUGGGGAUUACAGCGCUGCCAGCGACUCGUUGCACUGGUUGAUGACGAUUCUGCAGCGGCGAUCAGCGAGAUCUUCUUCCCAAGGCGCUGUAGCUGAUGUGAUUGAGGAUCAAGCUGGAGUGGCUCAAGCCAUGUUGUCAGACUGUAUCAUUCAGAUCAUUCUUGAGAACUACACGGAAGCUCGCAGUUCUUUGGAGACCCUCCACCAGCAUGCGGCGGCCAACUUACCGUCGGGAGAGAUUCAUACCACCCUGUCUCCUCUGAUCGCAGCGUUCAUUGAUGCCUGUCAGUCUCGUUCGAGAAGGGAUGCUUGCUAUCUACAGGAGGAAAUCAGCGAGCUGGUCGAGCCUUCUCACUCUGAUCUCAUGUUGAGAUGCAUCCCGAGGUGCUGAUAUCAGUCCGUCAACUUCAAGAUCCGCGAGAGUUCUGAAAAGCAUGUAAGGAAAGGAGAGUGAUGACGAUGAUUGAACACAUCACCUUUCUUC